AUGUUGUUACUCACCACCGCCAUUUAUUUCUCAUUGCAUCUGGUAGCUGCUCAGUAUUUGUCUCCGUCCUUUGCCAACUUUACCGGAGACAAUAGGAAGGAGAUAGACCUGGGAUAUACCAAAAUUCGAGGGACUCGAGUGGCAUCAUCAUCUUUUCCCAUCAAUGCCUGGUUAGGUGUUCGGUAUGGAAAAGCUCCCACUGGCAACGGCCGCUUCAAAGCUGCAGCUCAGAUUGAUGAAGAAAGCGACUCUUCAACGUCAGUGUUUAAUGCCACGACAUUUGGACCUAUUUGCUACCAAGGAUGGACGCCGAGCGCUCCCGACAAGAGUGAAGAUUGCUUGCUGUUGGAUAUCUACGCUCCUGCAGAACCCACUUCUAAGAGUAUUCCUGUAUUGUUGAUAAUACACGGAGGCGGGUAUGAUCAGGGUGGCAGCACCUCAAUCAACCCCGUCGGCAUAAUGGCUGCGGCUCCCGGGCAAUUCAUGGUUGUAUCUAUUCAAUAUCGGCUGGGUGCUUUUGGAUUUCUAGCUGGAGCAGAAGUAGCCGAAAGUGGAACUCUGAAUGUCGGUUUGCUAGAUCAACGUCUUGCAAUGCAGUGGGUUCAACGUCACAUAUCAUCCUUUGGCGGAGAUCCCGCUCAGGUCACCAUCGACGGCGGAUCGGCUGGCGGGGGCUCUGUUUACCAUCAGCUGCUUUGGAAUGGCGGCGAAGCAGAUCCCCCAUAUCGAGCGGCAAUAGUCGAAUAUCCUUGGAUGCCAAAUAUGCUCAACACUAAAAGGUUCAAUACCGCACAGCAGAAAGUCCUAGCAUCUGCCACUUACGCCUUUGGCACCUUUUACUUUGGCCCUACCAUUGAUGGAAUUAAUGUGCAAGGUCUCCCUUCGAAGGAAACUGAGGCUGAGCACUUCGCAACCGUUCCACUGAUGACGACGCGAGACGGAAAUGAAGGGUUUGCCUUUACGCCGCAGAACAUUACAACAGAAAAAGAAUACAACGCCAGGCUUAUCGCUGGUUAUCCCACGUACGACAGUGCCUAUCAUGGAAGCUACAGCAGUCUCGUCUUCUCCACCAAGCCCAUUCCUGCUGAGGAUACAUCCCCAAAUGCUGAAAUCGGCCGGGUCUUACAACGUUAUUUCACAUCGUUUAUAACCACUACCGACCCGAACAAACAUGCCAUGGAGAAGCCGAACGAUCGCUACGUUGAAUGGCCUCAAUACGGUGCAGCGAGUAACAUUCUCUACAUAAACUCUACUGUACCCAUCCAAAUUCAAGACGUCGAUGCGGCUGCUCGUUGUGACUUCCUACUUUCUCAUUCAUCUGCGACGGCGAACUGA